CAGUAGACAGUCGGUCCGCCCUGUCAGCUGGUCUCUUCCAAUCGUGCCUCAACUCAACUGCCGGAUGGGUAAUCCGAGCGCGGCAGAGAGACAAUUGGAUAAACAUUUGCUCAAUAGUUUAUUUUAUCUUUGUUUCUAAUAAACGAGCAAUUUGUUCUACUAGGUAUAGAUAAUAAUAAUAAGAAGAAAAAAAUAGAGAAAAAAGAAAUAAAAAAAAAAAGAAAUAAUUCGAAAUAAAGGGCAAAGGUUGUAAACGGGGCCCGCGCGGGCCGCAUGUGCGCGAGUGUGCAGUUUUUCCACCGGAAACAUCAGCGACACGGUGCGAGGGAUCGGUCUACGCGAGGAAGACGAAAACGUAGGAGAGGAAAGGAAGCGGUGGGCGGAGGAGGAGGAGGAGAAGGAGAAGGAAGUGAAGGAAAUAAGGAAAGUUGCGUUUUAAAAAUAAGAGUAUUAAAUAAAUAAAGAAAGUAGAAGUUUUAUAUCAAAAAAAAGAAAAGAAGAAAGGAAAGAGGAAAGGAAGAAAAGAAGGAAGGAAGAGAAGAGUUCGACCGGUCAGGCAGGAAAUGACUAUAUCGUACGCGAGCGAAGUGCCAAACGGCUCCAGCUUUGGCUGCUUCUGGAGGAUCCUGGUCAAAUGGCGGGGUUCUGUUUACAAAUUAAUUUGGCGGGAAUUACUGGCCUACCUCUUUGUAUACUACCUCAUCAAUUUUACAUAUCGAUAUGCGCUCAACGAGCAGCAACGUGCAAUCUUCGAAAAGAUACGAUACUAUUUCGGCAACUCGAGCGAAUCGAUACCGAUGUCCUUCGUCCUGGGAUUUUACGUGAGUCUCGUAGUGAAAAGAUGGUGGGAGCAAUACAAACUUUUACCGUGGCCAGACAAUCUGGCCCUUUUCAUCAGCGCCGCCAUCCCUGGAAACGACGAGAGAGGUCGACUGAUGAGGCGGAAUAUCGUGAGGUAUGCCGUUUUGGCUUAUGUUAUCACCCUUCAGAGGAUUUCGCUAAGGGUUAAAAGACGUUUCCCUACUCUUCAACACAUUGUCGAUGUUGGUUUAAUGAUGGAAUCAGAGAAAAAAAUCUUCGAGAUGAUGAAUAAAAAAGCAGCGAUGUCCAAAUAUUGGAUGCCGCUUGUCUGGGCCACGAACAUUAUCAACAGGGCAAGAAAAGAAGCUCUGAUCACUAGUGAUCAAGUAGUGCAAACCCUCCUUGUCGAGCUCAGCGACAUCCGGAAGAGGCUUGGCGCAUUGAUCGGUUACGACACUGUUUGCGUUCCUCUCGUUUACACUCAGGUAGUUACGCUGUCGCUUUACGCGUAUUUUUUCUCGGCUCUACUCGGUAGACAGUUUAUUGAACGUACUGAAGCAGGUGGUGGGAAGUACGAGGAACCUGACAUGUAUUUCCCUUUUUUCACGGCUCUCCAGUUCUGUUUUUAUGUUGGAUGGUUAAAAGUUGCCGAGGUUCUUAUAAAUCCUUUCGGUGAAGACGACGAUGACAUCGAAUUAAAUUGGCUGAUUGAUCGACACAUUAAAGCUGGUUACAUGAUUGUCGACGAAAUGCACGAAGAACAUCCAGAACUCUUGAAAGAUCAGUAUUGGGACGAAGUAGUUCCUCGAGAUCUUCCAUACACUGUAGCAAGCGAACAAUAUCGACGAGAAGAACCUAAAGGUUCCGCGGAGCAUUACAAGGUCAAGGAAAGUGAUGCUCUUUACGCGAACGUUAUGAUGGGAACACAAAUUCAUAGUCACGUGCAGCAUCGCAAAGUUCAUCAGGACGACAUGUAUGCGGAUUAUGAAAGCGUAGAUACGCCAUUAGUGGAACGAAGGAAGAAUUGGCUUCAACGACAAAUCACACGAAUGGGUUCUGUGCGUAGCUCAUCGACAACGUAUAGCAGCGGCGGUGGUUUCUUUGCUCGAAAUCGUCACAACAGCGUGUACAGUAGCCCUGAAACAGGAGGCUUGCCAACAACAACUAACCCAAAUUUGAAAAUGUCGCUAUAUGACCGUCUCGUAGGUCGUAAAAGUAUCCGCAGUCAACGGAUGGGUAGACAAGGUACGAUGACGAAAUUGAACUCGGUGCCAGUGUCCUUGAAGAACAGGCCACGCAUACCGACUCCGGACGUGACAAAGGAGGUGGUCGAUCGUGAACAGAGAUUGGCUUUGUCAGCAAGCAACACGGCGAACAUCGGCGCAGGCGUCGUUGGCGUCAUACCAGCGAAUGGUCAUUAUACUACCGACUUGCCCGUGGUCCAGGUGGUCCUUUCACCAAUUCAAGAAACUGAGGGGACACCAUCGAACGCGAAAUCGGGUGCAGCUGCUUUGGCACAAGCAGUAUUAUCGCCAACAUUGACGAGCGCUGGUUUGGUGGCACCUGUUACUCUGACACCAGUAACUAUGAGUCAGCUAACACAGUUGGGUCUAGUCACAACGACAUCAGCAUCUUCCUACAGACCCACGAAUAUACAAAACAAUAAUACGAUUCAAGCUACUUUGACGGAGGUGAACAGUAGCGAGGAAGAAGGUUCAGGAAGUGGAAGUUCCAGUAGUAGAAGUGAGAGUAUCAUGGAACAAGAAGAAAGAAGUACUCCUCUAAUUGGCGAGAACACUAGUCCCAAUAUUAGUAACGGUGGUUCACCCACAUUCGACAGUUACAACGAUCGUUCACCGAUUCUGAUGAAUCCAGAAAAAUUAAGCUAUGUCGUAGCAUUACCAACAACACAAGAGAGUCACUUACAAACAGCGAUAGAACCACGUGGCAGAAGAUCAGCUUCCUUACCUGGACCACCCGUUGUCCAGCCAAGAGAAGACAGGAGUAUGUCAUUACCACAUUCUCCUGGUCUUCAACCGAGAGAAACUCGAGCAGCUUCCAUCUCAAGUAGAAACGAUCAUCCUAACCUAGAUAGACUUGCGAUAAUUUCGCCAAAUCAUGACCUACGACCUAGGACUAAUAGUUUUGGCCAUGAACUUACCAAAAACAACCAGCAACGUAAUCAGGAAACCUCGAGGAAGAUCAGCAGUGCUUCUUGCAACAAUGCCGCGAUAACAACAGCACCAGUCGUGCCAAACCAGACAGCAGCCACUCCUAGCAAAAGGGGCGAGGUUUAUGUUUGACCGAAAUUAUUCCUUAUCAGACUUUGUCCUGAUUCCUCUUUAACGUAUUCGUGAAUUUAAGAUCAUUAAAAAGAGAGACAAGAUAUUUAUCUUCAUCUUCUCUCCCAUCCGUCCACUAUUAUGAUUUUUUUUGUACAUAGUAUUAAUGGUUUGACAGGAGUCCAAUCAUUAAAAUCAUUUUAUAAACAGCAUCGAUCGCGAGCCUAUUUGUUAUGAAUUUAUUGUUUUAGGAAUACAGUUUAUUGUCUCGCAUAUAUGAUGCUUUGGAUUUUGAAAAUGACUUUAAAGAUUAAGUCAAUAUUCUGUAAAUACUAUCUCUACUUGUGCAUAUAAAUACUAGAAACACUCAACGACAUAGUUUAAAAAGAGUCUUGAACUUUAUAAUAAAAAUUAUAAUAGAAAAACACGAAGAUGUAUGUGUCAUGUGGGUAUGUUGUGUGUGCGCGCGCAUAUGUAUUUGAAUCAUACAAGUAUAAAAGUAUUUAAAAUAAAACAACAUCAAUUUCAUAUCCUAAAUUGAUAACACGAAAGUAUAUAUUUUUUAUCACAUGUGCAAUAAUGUAUUAGCGUGAAUGUAAAGCACAGUCUUGCUUUGCCGUAAGAUGUAUGAAUAAACGAAUGACGAUUAUAUUAGAUUUCUGUCAAAGUAAUUAUAUUAGAAUAGACAUUGAAGUAUAAGUAGGAAAAGUUUUUAACUCUUAUUUUAAACGAAUUGUAAUGAAGUAAGUAAUAGACCAUGUUUAGGAUAAACCGUAAUAGUGUGAAUACCGGUGCGUUGCAAUAUAGAAUUGAUCAAUUAUGGUAUACACAAAUAUAUGAACCAUUUGCGUAUUUCGUCGUUGUGAUAUGAAUUUUAAUACAUACCUAUUUAUAUUAUACGAUACAUGAUAGAAUUGUAUUUCGCACGCAUAUAUAUAACGAAGUUCAACUGAUGUGAGAAGUAUGCAUUUCUUCACCAAUCAAAGAGUCGUCUUUUUUUCACGAUAGGAAGACAAUUGCCAUAUUUAUUCAAUGACAUUCAACUCGAAUCUUUUGUAUACGUCAUACUAGAAAACAAUGAAUUUCUAUGCAUUUCUUCGCGUAUUAAUGACUGUACACGAAUGAAUUAUGCCAUAUAGAAAUAUUGUAUAAAACAGUUUGUAUAGUUAUCGAGGUUUUGUAGAAGCCGUAUUCUUAAAACCUGUAUAUCCCUAUCGAAUCUUACUUUUGUUUUUUGACGAGUCGAUAGAUAGAAAGAGUUAUUGUUUUUCAAGGUCAACGAGAUCUUGCUAGUAUUUCAAAAAUGAAAUACGAAAUAAAGGGAGAUCGUUAACGAUUCAAAAAA